AUGUCAGACUCUACUCCCCCUGUCGUGGAACGCGCACCAUACCGCGACCCGUCGGUCGGAGACCUCGUGAUCAGGACCUCUGACCGCACCGAGUUCCACGUUCAUCAGAGGCGCAUCGCAGACGUAUCCUCCGUCUUCGCAGACAUGCUCACCCUCCCACCGUCUCCCGCCUCCACGACAACCCCCAAGCCCAUCGUGGACGUGUCGGAGCCAAGCACGGUCUGGGAGAAGCUGCUCCCGAUCUGCCACGUCGCGGAGGAGCCGCCCCUCUCCCUGGAGGACAUCGGAGACCUCCUCGAAGCCGCGCGCAAAUACAACAUGGUCGGGGUGACCAGCCGGAUGCGUCCGUUCCUCAUGCAUUAUGAGCUCAUUGAGCAAAAGCCGUUCGCGGUGUACGCGCUCGCGUGUGUCGCUGGCUUCCAGGAUGUCGCUCGCGCCGCUGCGCAGCGCACUCUGCGUUUCCCCAUCUACCCUCCGCAUGCGGCUCAGUAUCGACUCGUCACAGCUGAGGCGUUGUAUCGCUUGUUCGAGUACAGGCAGAAGUGCGGGGACGUUGCUGGAUCUGUCUUGGACUGCGGCAACGGGUUCCCACGAUGGAUGUCCCACGUGCAUCUUGACCAGUUGCAACGGUGCAACCAGCAUUGUUCCCUCCCUUCCACAAUCGAUUACAGGGAUGGCGAUUAUCUGUGCAUUCCUAUGCCCUGGAAGGAGUACUUGAGGAGCUUAGCUACAGCAUUGAGGUCACAGCCGGAUGCCAACCUCCCAUGUGACCCGUCCUUUUUGGGACCAUUGAUGGACGGACUGAGUAGCUGUUCAAAUGGCCAAUGCUCUAAGAAGGGAUGGAAAGCCUCCAUGUACUUAUCCCAGGCAAUCAAGGAGGAGUUCGAGAAGAAGAUAUCAGAAGUGAAGCUGGUAUUUGAGCAGUGA